AUGAAGCUUUUCGCCAUUUCUGCCGUCCUUCUCUCCGCCCAGCUGGCUGUGGCUGCCCCCUUUGAGAAGCGCGACAAGAGAGAUAAAGCUCCAUCUGUCUCCGACUUUAAGGACGCCAUCAAAGCGAAGAUGGAUAUCGGCAUGGACAAGACUAUCUUCUACACCGGCGGUGGAUGCUCCUCGCGGUCCUGCAUCCAGUACAAGAAGCAGCACGGCCUGAUCAAGAUCCAGGACGUCGAGGUGCUGGACAUGGACGACCCAAGCAAGUACGAAGAUGACGCCUACACGAAGGCUGUCAACAAUUGGAGCAGGGCUUUCGCUGAGGUCUCCAGCGGCGUAGCCUGGGUCAUGUUCAAGGAUUCGAGCGCCAUUGACUCAAACAGGGGUUCCGUGUGGAACAAGGAGGAGUGGCCGGGCCUCAAGAGGAACGACGACAUUGAGGAGAUUAUCCAGAUUGACGGAACCGACACCAGCAAAAUUCAGCAAAUUUGGCCCGUGGAGAUCCGCAAUGAGAAGGGAACAUGCGACUGGCACGGUGCGGCGCCCAUGUGCAGCGGCGAGUGUCCGGAUGGAACCAAGAAGAAGGCCGAGAGCAGGUAUGGGGACUCGACUGUUGCUUGUCUCAGCGGAAAGAAAGUCUACUGCUGCAAGAAAUAG